UGGAAGCAAAUGCUCAGCACCGUGCUUCAGCAGAUGAAAUGAAGCAGUGUUCAAAAUUGUAAAGCUGUGGAUGGUCUCUUCAGCUCAGGCAACCAAAGACAAAACGUGACGGGGAGAGUCCGUGCCUGGGGAGAUGGGGGUGGUUGGAUUCUUACAGUUUUUCCCUAUGUAGCCCAGGACUUAUCAUUUUCACUGGAUAUACAGUAACUUCUUUCAGCCACCUCAGCCAUGCUUCCUUUACUUGUAAUAAUUCUUCCAGUUCUGCUUCCUUUAAGAGCGCAGCAGCUGUUACAAGGAUCCUGCACUUUUGAGGGCAGCACUUGUGGCUACUCCUCCGACCCUGCACACUUGAAGUGGUCUCUCAAUACAGAAGGACACUACAUUACUGCGGAUUCCACCAAGGAGGUCACAGAAAAACGAGCUGUUCUUAUUAGUCCCAUCUUGGAAUUUUUGGAUUGGAGUUGUGUCAGAAUUGUGUACCAGAUUUCUGGUUCAGGCUCUUUACAAAUGUAUAUUAGGCCUGAAGGAGAAAGUUUUGACUAUCGGCUGUGGUCUUCACAAGGCACUUCAGACAGCUGGCUUAUUGCAACUGUGGAUAUCAAGAACACAUUAAAUCGAUACAAGAUCAUCUUCGAGGGAACGCCUGGAGAAGAUUUAAGCCACAGUGUUGCAAUAUUUGAAAUUCGCUUUGUGCAAGGAUACUGUAUCGAAUGUAACUUUGAAGAACACCACAUAUGUGGCUAUACCAACUUCCGGAAUCCAAAUGUCAACUGGUAUGUUGGUGGAUACAUUUCACGUGACCCCUUGUCAAGUCUUCUUGAUGACCACACUAUGAGCAAUCAGAGAGGUCAUUAUAUGUAUGUGGAUUCUAUUUAUGUCAAGAAUUUCCAAGAAGUCGCCCAACUUGCUUCUCCAAUGACAAUGUUCCCUAUAGCAGGAUGCUUGUCUUUCUUUUAUCACCGGAACCAAGGCAAAGGCAAUAUAUUCUCAGUGUUUACAAGAGAUGUUUUUGGUCAUUAUGAGGAAAUCUGGAGACCAGAAAAACAGGAAACAUCCCCCUGGAAUCGAGUCAAAGUUGACAUAAAGACACAUCACCCUUUGCAGGUUGUUUUUGAAGUUGCCUUCAGCAGUGCCAAGGGUGGCUCUGUUGCUGUUGAUGACAUCUCCUUCUCGCCAGAUUUCUGCAACACUGACACAGAACCAUUUUUUGAUCCUUCUGUUGGAAACUGUGACUUUGAAGAAGAUUUCUGUCGUUAUUACCAGGAGUCCUCAGAGGGAUCAAUGUGGAGGAGGGUUUCUAUAAAACCUAAUAUUUAUAGAAUAGGUGAUCACACUAAAGGCUCAGGUUCAUUUUUGUUGGCUAACACCAGGUAUUCCUCAAGACCUGGCUAUGUGGCACGUUUGUAUGGUCCUUUCCUACAAGAAAAUGUGAAGUAUUGCUUAAAAUUUUUCUACGCUUUGUAUGGGUUUAUUAAAACAGAAAACACCCUCAUAGUUUAUAUCUAUGAUGAAAACAGUGUGGCGCUGGAGAAAGUCUGGAACGUGCCUGAAAGUUCGAGGGGCAGCUGGAUUCAGGUUGAAAUCAGUUUUCACAAGCCCAUGCCUACAAAGGUCGUUUUUGUGAGCAUUUGCAGAAACUUCUGGGACUGUGGAUUAGUAGCCUUAGACGAUAUCACUGUGACCCAUGGAGACUGCCAUAUUACAGCUGGUAUUCAUCAUUCCCCUGCUGGAGAAUGUAACUUUGACAAAAAUGAGUGUGAAUAUAUACAGGAUGAGAAAGACAAAGGACAGUGGAUUCGAAAAAGGGGCCAGACCCCAACAUCUUAUACUGGGCCUAAAGGUGAUCACACAACAGGGGUGGGUUACUAUAUGUACAUUGAAGCUUCACACAUGUUUCCUGGACAUAAUACCCGUUUGCUGUCCUCAAAUCUUCGUGGAUUUCUGCACCAGCAGUGCUUGACCUUUUUCUACAGCAUGUAUGGGUCUGGGACUGGCAUGUUAAGUGUGUAUUUAAAAAAGAACGGAGACAAAAGAGAAAUUUUGCUUUGGAGGCGGAGAGGAGAACAAAGUAUCUCUUGGCUUAAAGGCUCUGUAGAAUAUGCAUGUGAGCAAAACCACCAGAUUGUCUUUGAAGCAAUUCGGGGCAUUUCCAUCAGAAGUGAUAUUGCAAUUGAUGAUAUUGUAAUGAAGAAGGGACCCUGCAAAGAUCUGGAGGAAAGAUCAUUUGACCACUCAGGGUUCUCUGAAAACUUCAAUGUCAUUGAUUACUAAAAAGGAUUGUAACGGAGAGUGAAGAUAAAAGAAGAACAGCUAACAUAGAAAAAAGACGAGGAGACUGAAGAACACACAAUCUCAAAAACAUUAUAUUUGAAGAGUCACCCUUUUUCAGUGAAUGGAUGAAAGCAGAUGUCCAGCACUGGAUUUAAAGGAAACAUACAGCAUCAAAAAGAAAACCAAAUCAAUACGGUACAAUGAAAUAAUCCAGUACAAUUAUGCACCUUAGUGCCAUCGGUUUUUUGUAUGAGUAUUAAAUGAACAGACCUGUUAGACUUACAGCACAUGUGAUGUUUUAAAGACCAAAAAGCCAGUCUGUAGCUACAAAUGUGUGUCUGUAGGCUUGAGAAAUAUAUGCACUGAUUCCUAGAGUUUUCAAUACCAUAAUUGUUUAGUUUGGCUUCUAUUGUGAAUAAUAUUCACUGUCAGUAAUUUACAUGAGUGUCUUGUUUAUGAAGUUGGAAAGCAGGUGCAUUAAGUAAUAUAAUGAAAAGAUUAAAAAGCACAUAUGCAUAAAUACAUAUAUUUUAAACAGCAUUUUCUCUCAUGUAAAACUUUUGACAUUUACUGUAUAUUGAUUGUAUCCCAAUACCAAUAACUUAAAGAAUGAACACUAUUUUCUUUGCAUGAAGCGGGCUUCAUGUGGAUGCAGUAUAAUUAUUUUCUUAAAAAGGAAAUUUGUAGCUUUUCCAUACGUUGGUCAUUAUAUUGACAUGAAAAUAAUGCACACCAAAAUGCAUUUCACAAUUCAAUGUGUUAAAAAAACAGCACUGGAGAGGUAUGUACAGGCUGAAACUAGAAUUGAUGGCCUGAUCCUUCACAGUAUCAUUUCUAAAAAAAAAUACAGUUCCUGAUUUAUCAUUUGUCAAAUGAAAUAUUUCAUUUUUACUGUAUAUGCACUGGAAAUUCACUGUAGUGACAUUUUCUACAGAUACACCCUUGCAUUUCUUUAAUAUUCUCAAGUCAGUAAUGUACAUGGUACUGGCUGGGGCAAAACCUGAGAGUUAUUUUAAUGUAUGUUUUAAUUUACAAUAAGCUCCUUACUGAGAUACAUAGGUUUCCUACACUUAAACAAAAAAUAAGUUUUGAGAUUAUUCAGAAAAACACAGAGAUGAUUAACAGCAUGCAUAUUUCAAUGUGUUACUCUUAAUCAAAUCCAUGUUACCUGAAGUGUUUUCCAGAUCAGUUUAUUUGGUUCAUAAGCAGUCUCCUUGUGGGCUUGUUGCUGAGUCAAUACCGUUUGUAUAGUCAUGUGCGCGUGUUUUUUUUUUCUUUGUUUUGUUAUUUUUUUGGUUUAGGAUUGACGAGCCUCACUAGGCAAUAAUAAUUUUUACACCAUCAUCUGAGCCUCUUAGUGUUUACUUGCUGCAGAAUUUAAACAGUCUGUUCAGUGUCCUCUAACAGUGCCCUUCUUAGGUCUCAGGUUUUGUCUUGUUGUUUAUUUUUCUGGUGUUUCAACAUGUUUGUGUCAGCCCUUGAGUUUUGAGUUUCACUUGCCCUUUAGUGUGUGUAAUGCUAAGCUCAUACUGUCACAUUGCGUGACUUGACUAAAUUCUUGCCUGGUCAUUCGUGUUCUUCUUCACUCCCAAUCAGCUUACUGGUCUUAGAAAUUGCGUUCUCAUUGACUAUGCUAAACACCCUUCUCAACACUCCGGACAUUCCUUCUGCCAGGUGAAAACCCACCUCUGUGGCUGACGUUAAACAUCACUGGCACAGAGAGAUGCAUGCAAUAAAAGGAUUAAUUUGAGUGAUAUGGGCAGCAAUGAAAAUGGGAGCCUCUACAUGUAAUUUCCACAGAAAAGAUGCUGCCAAGCAAAAUGGUAGGAUGGACACAGUCAAUAGGAUUCUGUGCUGGUCAUCUCAUUUCCUGAAAAUUCAAUUUACUGAACAGUGAUAAAUGCUAAACAAGAGGAGUCUCAGAAUGAAUCUUGACAAAAAUUCCGGCACCACAGGUGUUUGGUUCUAUCCGUGACAUGUAGCAACAUUACAAUGACCUUUUGAUUUUUUUUUCCGCUCGCCUUUAUUUUUGCUCAGUCUAUUUGCUACAUAUGUUACCUGAUCCACAAAUUAUGAACUAUAUUUUCCAUGCUGGCAAAAGGCCUCAUUCUUUGCAAAUGGCAGUCUGCUUAAGAGGUAAAUAAUGAAAUAUGCUCAGUACAAUGUGGUGUGAAGUGGUAUGAUAUCCAAACUUCUAUUUUAUAACUAGUUUAAUCAAAUAGAACAGCAUAUAAAUCUGAAAGAGAGAAAGUAAAGGAUAUACCUUGAAAAAAUAAAGUUGGAGAUGCUUAAACCUCCUAAGGUGUGCAGAGCUGAGCUGUACCCCCAUAAUGCAUGAUUUUAAAGUAGCAUCUUUUGCCAAAAAUGGAUUCUGGUUUAUCAAAGUAUUUACACACUCUUACUGGGGAUAUUUAGAAACAUGAAUGUUUGACAACAGGAUGUAUACAGAAGACAAAGAAAACAUAUCUUGAUAAAUAUCAUUUUAACUUUUCACUAAAGCAGAAAAUAGUAAAUACCAUAUGCUUGUGGUGCUAAUACACCAUUGCUGUUCAACAUUGAUUAAUUGACAUUAAUUAAUAUUAAUUCACUUACUGUGUAAGGAGGUGAAGUUCAUGGACUUACCCAUUUAAAAAACUAGGGGGCUUUGCCACCUGCUCGCUUUGCUCGCCAACCACCGUGCGGGCGCUACACGCUAGCCACUUUGUGGUUCAGCCUCUCACGUAUGGGGAUGUUGAUGUACAAUUUAAACAUUGUAUUGUUAUUUUCAUGGGAAUUGUUACAUAUGCAUAAUAGAACUAACUAUUUUACAUUUCAGCUAGUAAUUAACCAUAUUAAAAAAUAGUAAAACGUAAUAAUUUGAAAGUAAAUGAUGUUUCAUAUUGCGUUAGAUUUAUUCAUUGCGUUAUAUGAUUUUGUUUGGUUUGGAUUUGAUUCUGUGUUUGGACUUAUAUCAUGACAACACAACGUAUAGCUGCCCAUGAGUGAAUUUCGUUUCUUUCUC